AUGGAUAAAAAUCAAAAGGGUGAAAACUGUUGCCAUAUAUGUAACAAAAAUGUUGCUAGAUCCACAACGUUACACAGACAUAUCGACGAUAUACAUAAAAAACCUGGAACUUGUUCAGAGUGCAAUAAAACAUUUCUGGACCUAAAGUCUCUUAACCAGCAUAUUCGAACUGAACACAAUCAAAGGGACAAUUCAUUGAAGGAGUGUUGCAAGCUAUGUGAUGUUAAAUUUAGCAAUAAAAGCAAUUUAAUCAAACAUAUGCGCCAAGUUCAUCCGGCUGAAAAUGAUUAUAAAAGCCUUGCGUCGUUGAAAUGUCCUUUAUGUGAGUCAACAUUUAAUGCUACAUCAAAGCUUCACGAGCACAUUGAAAUAGACCAUGAUGUACACUUGGAGGUUGUGUCUAAGGUCUUUGAAUCUGUUGACG